CGCUGCCGUCGCGCUCAGUCACACUCGAACUUGUGCCUCGUGAAUCAUUUGACAUUGUUCGUUACCUUUUGGCGGCAGCAACACCUGAUGAUCAAGGGCCACAGAAUGGUGAAGAUCUGGGUUUAAAUGCGGAGAAACAAGAGUUCCGGUGAUGUAGUACCUAAUGUGGUGAAGUGUUACGUAUAGUGGUGUGAUGGAGGGUCGCGCUUCUCCCGCCAGGGUCCUCUCAUUGUGGACCCUCAUCAUCGGCAGCUUUAAUAUUGCAGGUCUCCGGCCCUCGAUGAGUGUGGGGGCAGAAUCCCUGGACGCUGUGAAGGUGCCAGCGGUGGCGGGGGGAGACGCCACGCUGCCGUGCGACACUCGCUCGCAGGCGCCAGACGUGUUGCUUCUCGUCGUCUGGUAUAAAGACGAUGUGCCUAUUUACAGUUACGAUGGCCGAGCUAAGGCGCUGUCAGCCCACUGGGCGGACGAUUCUCUAGCGGGGCGAGCGCGGUGGCAUUCCACUACGCCCUCAGCACUGAGGAUACGAGACGUGGCCCCUACAGACCGCGCAAUGUAUCGCUGCAGAGUCGACUUCAAGAUUUCUCCGACGAGGAAUCAUAAGAUAAUCCUCGAUGUUAUAGAACUACCAGAAAAGCCGAAGAUAUUUGACGAGCAAGACAAGGAAGUAGUUGGAGUUGCUGGUCCAUACAUAGAAGACACUAGUCUAAAGUUGACCUGUGUUGUAAGUGGAGGUAAACCAAUGCCUCGUCUUCGCUGGUGGCGCAACGAUAAAGUCAUCUCGCAGUUGUUACCAGUUGAUGAUGGAUCAAGACUGAGUCUCCUGGAGUUGAGGAUACCAAAACUGACCAGACAAUACUUAGAAGCAGUAUACACCUGCACCGCUGACAAUACGCUCCUCGUUCCACCUCUAAGAGUCAACGUGCAGAUUCAAUUGUACUUACGACCACUGCUGGUAGAAAUCCUGGCAAGAGAGCAGCCACUGACAGUGGGACAAGAGGCUGAGCUGGCGUGCCGAGCGGUGGGCGCGCGGCCCCCCGCUGUUAUCACGUGGUGGCUCGAUGACCGACAGUUGCAGGUUUCUGGAGAACAAAAGAACUCAGAAGACCGCAACGAGACAGUAUCGAUCCUGCGAUGGACUCCGCGGAUGGAGCAUGAUAGCCACGUCAUCACCUGUCGAGCCUCACACAUCAAACUUGACAACUCUGUCAUUGAGACUACACUGUCCCUCAAUUUGCAUUAUAUGCCGAUAGUAGUCCUACAGUUGGGGUCGAAAUUGAACCCUAACGACAUUGAAGAAGGUGACGACGUCUACUUCGAAUGCGUGGUGCGCGCCAACCCUCCGGCUUAUAAAGUCGUUUGGGAACAUAAUGGUCAAGUGAUGACGCACAAUCAAAGAGCGGGAGUCAUAGCCGGGUCAGCCCACCUCGCGUUACAAGGGGUGUCGAGAGAACAGGCGGGGAAGUACGUCUGCACAGCCUCGAACGUUGAGGGGGACGGGAAGUCCGCUCCUGUCAAUCUCCAGGUUAUAUAUAAACCCGUUUGCACAAAUACUAUGACAGCAAUAGUGGGGGCCGCUCUCAACGAAGCAGCGAAGGUGACUUGCGAAGUCGACGCGUUUCCACCACCGAAGAACUUCCAAUGGACUUUGAAUAACUCUAUGGGGACGAUGGAACUUGAACCGGGCAAGUUCACAAUAGACGCAUCAGGGCGGUCUAUUCUGACGUACACACCAGCAACUGAGGGGGAUUAUGGCUCCCUAUCUUGCAGGGCUACCAACCUAGCAGGCCAACAGAUAGAACCCUGCAGAUACACUUUACUACCAGCAGUAAGGCCUGACCCGCCUUUCAACUGUUCUUCCUUGAACCUGACUGAUGAUUCAGCUGAGCUGAGAUGUGUUGCUGGUUACGACGGCGGACUUCACACAACAUACUUCGUGGAGGUGUGGGAAUCAGGUGUUCUUCUAGCGAAUGUGUCUACUGCUACUCCAGUAUGGAAACUCCGUGGUCUUGGUUCUGGAAAAGCCUUGAAGCUUCUUUUCUACGCUAAUAAUGCAAGAGGGCGUUCUGAAACGACUACUCUGAGGGUCCAUACGUUGUCAAGACUAGCCUUACAUACAGAAGCGAAGACAGCGAGCAACGUCAAGAUGGACACGAGUUGGGCGCUAGGUAUUAUCGCGGGUGCAGUCGGCACGUUAGCUGUGGUCAUCGUCAUUGCGAUUCUAGCGAGAAGACGGCAUCAUAGGCCUAUGCAAUACGAAGCUCCGAUGCAGACUGUGAAGACGUAUAAGAACUCAAUGCACAGCGCCAACCAUUCGCCGAUACAACCCGACGACAAAAAUCCUGACGUAGUGCCACUGGGAAAAGACUUCAACUGCACUCGGGACGCCGAGCGGCCUCCGGAGCCUCCCCCCUACGGAGCUGUGGUGUCACCAUUAGUAGGGGCUUCGAAAAGUGCACAUAGUUUGCACCAACAUGAAGUCAGGUCUACCACACCGCAUACGCCUAACACUCCUGCUUCUGAUGCCCAGAGCAUCGGGACAUUAGCGGAGGACAGACGGAGUGUCACAAGUGGGACAUUGUCCCGGCGAAGAGAAGUAGUAACCACGAGAACACCUCUACUAGCGGCGAACGCACGUGAAAGUUGUGUCUAGUCUGAACAUUCUUUA